UCACGAGUCUCGACACGCGCACAAUUGAACUGAGAGGAAAAAGGCAAAUUAGGGUUUGGAUUUUCUAGCUGAAAGUAAAAUUGGGGAUUUCAACCAUUGAAGGAAGAGGUCGGAGGAGAGCGCUCCGAUUUCCAAUUCGAAACGCGUUCGGUAAAGAAUACUGUGAUUUUAGGGUUUAGAUAUGGAUGUCGACGUUGAUCACUAUAAGGUUCUUGGUUUACCUUCCGGCGAGGAAGGCUCCAAGCUUACAGAGAAUGAUAUUAAAAAGGCAUAUCGAGCGAAGGCUUUGGUGUUGCACCCCGACAAGAGGCCCGAUGAUCCUGAUGCCCCGGCCAACUUCCAGAGUCUCAUGUCAUCCUAUGAGAUACUCAAGGAUGAGAAGGCCAGGAAACUGUUUGAUGAUUUACUCAGAGUUAAGAGAGACCAGCAGCGCCGCCAUUUGGAACGCGAUUCCAAGCGACAGAGGAUGGUCUCUGAUCUUGAAGCAAGAGAACGAUCUGCCUUUGCUCCGGAUGCGGCUGCCAGAGAUAGAGCAGAGGAGGAGAGAAUCGCUAGGAAGCUUAAAGAAGAGAUUGAGAGAAUACGCAAGGAGCAUGCAAAGAAAGGGGCGGCAACUGAUUCUGCUCCCAAGAGAGAGACUGGUGGAGUUGGCAACGGAAAUGUGAGUGGUGCAAAGAUGGGGUUGGAUGAGGAGAAGAUGCUUAAAGUUUCGUGGGAAAAUGUUGGUGAAGGCUAUACGGCAGAGAGGUUGAGAGGUUUGUUCUCGGUGUUCGGCGAGGUUGAAGAUAUUGUCAUCAGGGGCAAGAAGAAGAGAGGUUCGGCUCUUGUUGUGAUGGCGACUAAAGAUGCAGCUGUUGCUGCAACGGGAACUGUGUUAGGUGAUCUUUCUAAUCCAUUGCUGGUUAUACCUCUUAAACCAGUUUCAGUGACUGAUGCUCCACCAGUUCAGAGGCCUGAGGAACCUGAUCGACUUAACCAUUUGGUUGGGACUGGAUAUCAAUCGUUCGAAGAUUCUGUUUUGCAGAAACUCAAAAAGGCUGGGCAGAAGCAAAAAUAGUAUUCAUAAGCAUGGAAGUGUGAUGAUCCCAAAAGCACUACAAGGUUCAUGAUCUCGCAAAUGGCUAAUAUACUAUAAUUAUUGGAUUUGCGGGGAAGUCGUGGGGAGUCCUCAAGUCUCAAGAUUGUGCAAGAGAAGUGUAUUAACUGGUGUGCUGCUGUUGUAAUAAAUCGCAUGAGUUACUGAGAGCUCGGGACUAGCGUUGAAGUUUGUGCUUGUAUACUAACAUUCUACUUCCUCAAGGUUAGGACAGAAUUAUAUGUCGCCAUUGUGAAUUGGGUGGGGGGUUAAUUAUCGGAGAUAUGCCUUUCGAUUCACUUCAACAGAGUUUGAGGUUUCAUGUUGUGCCAUUUCACAAAUCGUUGUACACUUUGUACUGUAUCAAUUCAUGGUUCACUUUGGUUUCCAUU